AUCCCUCUCUUUCACACUCCUUUGCUCACUUCACUACUAGUAAUCCAAGAUCCAAAUACUUGUAAUGGGUCCCUUCUUCUUCUUCCUCUUACUACUGUCCAUUGUUGUUGGCACUGGUAAUGCUCAAGACUCAACAACCCUCGUCCCAGCAAUUAUAACGUUCGGAGACUCUGCAGUUGAUGUCGGUAACAAUGAUUAUCUUGCCACCAUUUUCAAGGCCGAUUACCCACCUUACGGCAGAGAUUUCGCCAAUGAGAAACCUACUGGCAGAUUCUGCAAUGGAAAGCUAGCCACUGAUCUCACUGCUGAUACGUUGGGAUUCCAGACUUACCCACCUGCAUAUCUGAGCCCAGAAGCUUCAGGGAAGAAACUCCUCAUCGGAGCAAACUUCGCCUCUGCUGCGUCUGGUUAUGACGACAAAACAGCCUACUUGAGCCAUGCAAUAUCGUUGAGCCAGCAGCUUGAAUACUAUAAAGAAUACCAGGGGAAAUUAGCAGCGGUUGCCGGAGAAGAGAAAGCAGCCUCGAUUCUAAAAGAAGCUUUGUAUCUUGUAAGCUUUGGCAGUUCUGAUUUCAUUCAGAACUAUUAUGUAAACCCGUGGCUCUACAAAGUCUACACCCCUGACCAGUAUAGUUCAUACCUUGUCACCAUUUUCUCCGGCUUCAUCAAGGAUCUAUACGGAUUGGGAGCAAGGAGAAUCGGAGUGACAUCACUACCACCAUUGGGUUGUCUUCCAGCGACAAUAACCCUGUUUGGAUUUCAUCAAGAUGGUUGUGUGGAGAGGCUAAACACGGAUGCUAAAGGAUUCAAUAAUAAAGUAAAAUCGGAGGCGUCGAGUUUAAAGAAGCAAUUAGGGGGGUUAAAGAUUGCAAUUUUUGACAUUUAUACGCCUCUGUAUAAUCUAGUCAAAUCCCCUUCAGACCAUGGAUUUGCAGAAGCAAGAAGAGGGUGUUGUGGGACAGGAACGGUAGAAACUACGUCGCUAUUGUGCAAUCCAAAGUCAAUUGGGACUUGCAGUAAUGCCACUGAAUAUGUAUUUUGGGACGCUGUUCAUCCCUCUGAGGCAGCUAAUCAGGUCCUUGCCGAUUCUUUGCUCUUAGAAGGUAUUGAACUCAUUGGAUGAUGAUCUAGAUCUUCACCCGACCGACUGACCGAACAAACGACCGGCCGGCCUGCCUCACAAUCUCGUUUUCUGUCAAGUUUCAAAGUGUAACUGUAAUAUUGUGUGUCAAAUUUGUGUGUGUGGUUCUUUCUUUCCUAUAUAAAAAGUUAGUAUAUCCCCCAUUAAUUAUUAAAGAAGAUGAAAGCUUUUACUUUUACUUCUUUCU